GGGACCGGCGUUCGGCAGGAAGUUACGUAGCGCCGCUGCUUCCGCCAGCCGGGCUGGCCGAGGCGGGGCUGCGGUUAUGGCGGUUUAUUUGACUCCGCGCUUCAGGCGGCUCCGGAGCCAGAGCGAGCUGGAGCCGCAGCGGCGAGAUUGUGCUGGUCCUUUUCAAGCAACUCAGUUGUGGAAUAGUAUUAUUCAUGCUCUUCAGAGUCAGGUGGAAAUCAAAAGACGUAGACUACAUCUAAAAACGUAUAAAAACUGUUUCACUGGCUCAAAUGCUGUUGAUGUAGUACUGAGUCAUCUUAUGCAAAGCAUGUACCUGAGCUGUAAUGAUAUUUCUCGGCUGAAGGGAGUCCGUGUAUGCCAAGCACUGAUGGAUCACAAGGUGUUUGAGCCAGUUGGAGCAAAACUUCACCUAUUCAAGAAUGAAAAAGAACCAGAGUUUGAAGACACAAGCAGUAGUCUCUAUAAAUUUGUGAACAGCAAUAUUACUCCUCUUCUUUUGAAAAAGAAUAAUGACAGUGAGAGCUUGUCCCCUGAGCAAAUUUAUGGACAGAAGACAAAAAGACAUUUGAAGGUGAAGUGUGAAACAACCCAUUCAAACCCCUUAGCAUUAGAAGCAGCUGAUAAAAAGAGGAUAGAGGAGCUACUUCAAUCAAUAAAUGUUCAUCCAUCUUUGCCUCCAAAGAUCAGGGUUAAUGAACCAACUCAACUGAUUUCAAAAAGAGUAAUAGAUGAUGUCUGGAAACAGCACACACUGCUUCGACUACUGCAAUUAAUUGAUGUUCCAGUUCUAGAAAAUAUUUUGGUAUCUUCAGUAAAGAGAAAAACAGACUGUUUUGGCAGAGAAGAAGACCUGAUUAUCUCAAAUACUUUCCUGGACAGAGGGGUUAUGUGCAGCCUAAACUUGCCUGAGCUUGACAAAUGGCUCUAUGCUGCAAUUGAAUGCUUGGAGUAUUUCCCAGACCAAUUCAUAGUGAUGGUUAGUCAGCAGUUACCUCAAAGCAAUAACAAACCAAGCAAUCUGAAUACUCACAAGAAGAUUCUUUUUGACAUUAUAAUUAAAUAUUAUAGUCAAAAGAAGGACUCCCUUCUUGCCACUCAAGAUCUCGAUAUUCAUGCAGGAAUUAUAGAACUUCUAGAAAAAGGAAAAACAGAACAAGCUCUAGAGGCAUCACAACUCUAUAUAAGAUUAUUAGCACCAAAUAUUCGAGAAGAACUGCAUAGACUGCUGACAUUUAUAGCCAUUGCAUCAGAAUCUGAGGGCUACAAAUUACAAAAACAAUUUGAUAACAGAUCAGUGAUCAUCAAGACUUGUACGAAGUUCAUUUUACAGAACAAGACACUGUCAAAAUCACAGGCAGAACUGCUGAUUCAGUUUCUGAUGGACAAUCACUCUGACCUCUUCAAGACUCCUUUAACUCUUCUGGAACUAACUAGUAGGAGGCUGGAAAGCUUGCUGGAAGGACAAGAUGCAGAUAUCAAUUCAGGCUUCACCUUCUGUCAGCGUUUGACAUCUAAAGAAUAUGAAGACCAAAAACAACAAACAAAUCAGUAUCUUCUGGCAUUGGUUCAAGAAAUGGACAAUAAUCCCACUAUUCCUUUGAAGCAGAAGAAGAAACUAAUUAAAGAGUUCCGGAAAUACCAUUUUCUCGUCUUUUGUAGUGGCUGUAAAACUAAAUGUGAAUAUUGCACUGUAAAUGGUUAGUCAUCAGUGCACUUUUUUUUUUAAUAAGGAGGAAAUAUAUAUGAAAAUUGCUCAUGAUUAUUACUUCUAGGUACAAACUACGUUCUGCUUAUAUCUUUAAAUCAUCAGUUGCAGGAAACUAUCAAAAUUACUGUGCAGUAAAAAAGUAUUAAUACUAAUUAAUGAAUCUUUUGAGCAAAAAGUACUUUUAUGCAUCCAUCUAGUUAGUCAAUAAUGGCACGCAGCUUGUGCUGCUUUUAGUUCAGCGUUUGGCACUUUUUUUCCUUCUGUCCUGGCAUGGCUUUCUAGCUGAGCUAAGUCUACAUUCAGAGCCACGCUUGGGUUGCUAACCUUUUAUCUCUAGUUCACAAUGGAAUCACGUGAUUCUCAUGACUCCUUUACAUAUUGUAGAAGUGUACAAAGAAUGUCAAAAGUGUUAUGUAAGCUGCUUUUUAUUCAGUAGCAGGCAAGACGCAUGUGAGGGGAGCUGUGUAUGCUUGCAAUCAGUAAUUAUAGCCUGUUAUUACUUCCCCACUGUGACAGACUGAGCUGCUGCUAAUUAGGCAGUUCCAUAAGAGCAAGUCAAAAAAGACAUUUUGGAAAAAAAACUCGAGAAAUCAUAGUCUUGUUUUCGGUCUUCUGGUCUUCAUGACCAAACUAUUUCAACAUGAGGAAACUUUGAUAGGUCUCCAGACCUGACAGUUAUUUGCCAUGAACACGAUGAUAAGGUUUAUGGAUUCACAGUGCGUGGGGCAAAGCUAGUAAGUUCAAACUACGUCAGCCUGUAUCUUGACACAUUGGUGAUAAGUGAACAUUGACAAGGAAGUGUUGAUUCAAAUCAUGAAAUAAAUAUACAAUAUAACGUUAUGGAGACUUUAAUUAUUUGUUACAUUCAUCACGGAAGACAUUUGAUCAUUUAUAGGACAUAGAAUUGUAGAAUCAUUGAGAUUGUUAGGAACCUCCAGAGAUUGUAUAGUCUAACCCCCAGCUCAAAGCAGGGUCAGCUAGUGCAUGUUCUUUGGUACUGUGUCCAGUAGGGUUUCGAGUGUUUUCAGGGAUAAAGACACCACAACCUCUCUGGGCAAUCUGGUCCAUUCUCUUGGCUUUAAGGCUUUGACCUCUCACAGUAAAAGUGGUGGUGGGGGGGGGGGGUUCAUUUGUUUGUUUUUCCUCUUGUGUUUAAGUGGAAUUUCCUGUAUUUCAGCUAGGGCACUUGUCUUUUCACGGGAUAUUGCUGAGAACAGUUGCUCUGUCUUUUACUUCCUCCCAUCAGAUAUUUAUAUAUGUACGAAAAGAUCCCCCUGAACCUUCUCUUGAGACUAAGCAAUCCCAGCUCCCUCAACCUGUCCUUGUAUGACAGCUGUUCCAGUCUCUUAAUCAUUUUGUGGCCUUUGCUGGACUCACUUCAGUAUGUGUAUUUCUAAUUAUGCUCCUGUAGGUAUCUACAUCUUGAGCUGGUCUUCAAAUACAUGGUCAAAUUACCAGAAUACCAAAGAUUUCUGAAAACAAGUGCUGUUUUCUGUUCCUUUACAAGUAAAAAUGAUUCCCAUUUUCAGCUGUAAUUGACUGUGGCUACAGGUAAUAGACAGUGCUAGCUUGCAUAUCUUAAAUAGCCUUGAUAAAUGAUUUAGCCCUGCUAGAAGUCAGGUGGCAUACCUGAAAUCUCUGUCCACCUGCCUGCUCAUACACUUGUUAUUUAACAGUGCCUGUCCAGUGUCCCAAAAUACUGAAGUUGGUAACAAGGAGAGAUAAUGUGAUAAUCUUCAGGGUAGACGAAGUGGGAAUGGCUGUAGAAAAUCUGUAUUUUUUUCUUUUAAUUUCUUGAACUUUGCAACUUGAUUGGAAUUUUAUUGUGUUAAUUAAAUAAUGGAUAAUAAAACAUGACAUAAGAACGGUGAA